AUGUCGGCACAAACAACGGCGUACCCUCUGACCGUCUAUCUCGACAGGAACUCGACGCCGAUCCGGCAAUGGCCGCCGUUCUUGCUCCGUGGGCACGGGGGUUGGAAGUACUUGGACACGCUCAUCUUUGGUAUCUCGACGGACGAGCUGUGCACUUGCGAUGCCGUCGAUGAUGGGCACGACGAAUCCAUGUCGGACUCUUCCGACCCGUCAGGCGAUCCGACCGCGGCUCCCGGGUCCAGCGAUCGAGCAGGGGCAUUACGGGCUUGGAAUAGGCCCGAGCGUGUCAACACCCCAGAAGAGCUUCGCGCCAUGCUGGGUCAGACGCACUACCUGGCCGGCAAGGGCACGCACUGCGACGUCAAGAUCUGCCUGCGCACCGGGACGGUAUCGCUCAGGUUCGACGGAAGCGACAGAGGCCUGGCGCGGAAGGAUCUUGCCGCCUCGAAGGCCCACAUCACCCUCUCGAUGAGCUUUGUAUCGGAAGGACAGUUCCACACAUUCUCAGUCCGCUCCGAUGUCGAGCAGGUCUUCAGGUCCUCGCCCGCGGUGAGGCGGGGGAACCAUUUGGCACCCGUAACCCUUCGCUGGAAGGUAGACCAGAUUUGCUCGUCUCUGCAGCGGCUCCUGCAAGAAGCCUCGGACGGUGAAGUCGCCCACCUCUGCGUCUCCGGACACACGAGUGAGCCAGUCGCUCCUGCGCUGCUCGGCAUGCACCCGGAGCCUGCGCAAGAGGAUGCGCUCGUCGAUGUCGCGGCAAUGAUGGUCUGCAGCGACGAGUCGAAUCUUGUCAAGCUGAGACCGGCGAGGGACAACGACGUGGGACGCACGGUCCUGGCCGACAAGGCGAUUCUGAUGGCACGGUCGCCUUUCUUCAAGACGAUGUUCGAAUCAGGCAUGAACGAGACCCGACAAGCGACGGCGGCUCCAAGAGGCGGUCCAGAUGGCGGCCGGUCCAUGCACGACGACGGUGGCAGCGGUUCUGCGCAGCUCUCUGACGCCGCCACCGGCGCCGCUGCUAGCAGCUCGAUCCCUGUCGUGGACCUACACGACGUCGACGUCCCGACUCUCCAAGCAUUCAUCGUCUUUCUCUACGCCGGGACGUGCAAGUUCUGGUCCCAACGAGACAGGCCGAUACCUGUUGAAACGGCCCAGGUGUACGCCGGCGGACCGCCGCUCUCGCUUUCCCCGUGGAGCAAGCAUACACUGCCGCUCGCCAACGCCGAGAAGGUCUACAGGAUUGCCGACAUGUACGGCGAGCCCGCGUUGAAAGAACUCGCUAGGUAUCACAUCUCUAACGAGAUUGAGUUGGAUGAUGCCUUCCGGGGCCUCUUCACAAACGAGCUCGCCAACCUCUACGAAGAGAUUCUACAGGUCUACAUCGACGUCUGCGUCGAGUACUUUGACGAGAUCGUCAUGACGUCCGGGUACCACGACAUGAUGGGCGAGCUCAUCGCAGGCAUGCACCCGCCCGCGGCCGCCGAGACGCUCAAGAUGCUCUUGGCCCGCGUCGCUAUGGGCAAGGAGGUCUCUGUCUGA